UAUAAUGUAUUUUCUUUUUUGCAUGAUUUGUUUUGUUAUUUGGUACAUGUGUCUGCGUUUAAAUUUGUCAUGAUAAAAAAAAAACAAUUCAUUCAUUGGCUUUUUCUUUAUCACAGUUUUCAUUGGAUGAAGCAUCUUGUUAUUGUCUCUCUACAGUUUUAAUACUCUUAUUCUUAUUCUCUCUCUUUUUUUUAUAUAUAUAUACAUAUAUA